AUGUUCCAAGCAGACUGCGCACUGAUCCAGGAGGAUAUGCAUACCCUCUCCGGCGGCAUAAAGUCAAUCAAAGAUGAAGCAGCGACAGCCCACCAGACUCACCUCGGUGCUGCCCUACUCGCCCAGCAGCUCACACAGCAACCGACGGUAACAGGCCUAGAAGAUACACAGCGCCGACGCAACCUGAAGAUCAGGGGGGUGAGCAGCGACAUAGGCACUGAAGAAGUGCCUCAGUAUGUCCGACGCCUACUCUCCUCACUACUACCAACCAAGCAGGUGAAAUCUAUGCCCAUUGAGGGGAUAUACCGAGUGGGCCGUACCCGCAGACUCAUGACAACUCCUCUACGGGACGUGAUUGUGACCUUCCGAUCCCUUGCUGACAAACGGGCCGUGAUGUCUGCCGUCCGAGACAGACAACCACUGAACUUUGAAAGUUUCACUCUAUCCUUCUAUGAAGACCUCAGCAGAGCCACUCUCACAUGGAGAGCAUCACUAUGUCCCAUUACCCAAUGA